UUUAAUUUCAAUCUUUUGUUACUGCUUUGAUAUUAAUACGGGGUUGUUGUUUAUGAUGAUGUUAUGACGCUUACCCAUGAGCCUUCACAUCAAAUGCUAGCCUAUUAUUUUUGUUUACACAACCCAAAACUUUCAAGAUGUCCCAUAAUGAUAAGCAAAUAAGCAAACUUAAAAGUUAUAUUAUGUUUUGCUUGAAACAUCUUUCAACGAUUUGGGUAUAAAUACUCCGGCAUUGCUUAGAAGAAAGCACAUCUGUCACCGCAGUCGAAGAUAUCAUUCAAGAUGCGGUCCCAGCUAGCUAUCUUUCUUGGCCUCGUGGCCCUCGUUUCGAUUGCCUUGCCAGCCACUGGUCAAGCCACGCCCACUGCUCCGGCCACGCCGUCCUCUCCUGCCUCGCCGACCUCUCCAACCUCUCCAACUGCUCCAACAACUCCAACUUCACCAACCACUCCAACUUCUCCGGCCACGCCCACUUCCCCGUCGUCUUCAACAACGCCCACCACCCCAACGUCCACCCCCACCACGGCCACCACGCCGAGCGCCUCGGUAACCCAAAGCAACACCACAGCACCCACCACUGCACCCACCACUGCACCCACCGCCGCAGCUGCCACCGAAGCCUCGAGAAAGAAGCACAAGAAUACCAGUCGCCAUAAGAAUAAAACAAAGAGACCAGCCAAGAAACACAAGGUAGUCCGCAAACGUGGAAGAAGGGGCAUAGGUAACAGAAAGCGAUCCCGCCGGAAUGAAAGGAGAUCCCAGAACGUAAAUCCUAAAAGAUUUGGCUAGCAACUAAAGCCUUAAAUGUAUAUUAUAUACAUUUAUAUA